UAAUAUUCUCGGUGUAUUUUAAUCCCUGCAAGAAUGAGCUUCCUGAACUAAGCUUUAAGCUUGGCAAAUGGGAAGCCUUCAACUUCAAGUGGAACUAUUUCUCCAUUGCCACCACACCAGUACUACUAGCAGUACUACAAGGGUACUUGCUCUUCCACUCUCAUCAAUAUUCUUCUCUGUGCUUUAAUGGCCUCCCUUCCAUUUCUCUAUCUUCUCUCCCCUCCUCUGCUUCAAACUCUUGGUUUUCUUCUGUUGCAACCCCCCUUCCUCACAAAUUUAAAGUCUGUGCCUUAGAGACUAAUUUUGCAGACCACCUUUAAUUUCUUUCUUCUUCUUUUUCUUCUUUGAUUUUCACCUGCUGAGUCUAUAACCGGGUCUUUACUUCUUGCUUUGACUUUGACUCCCUGUUUUCUGAAAUCACAGAGAUUUUCAAGGUUUGAAGGAAGGGUUUCUGAUCAAUGUCAAACGAAAAACAAAUGGUGGGCACUGAAGAAGAAAGCAGGGAGUUUUUUAAUGUUGUGAGUUGUAAGAAAUGGGUACUUGCUAGUAAUGUUGGAGAUCACUCCACUACUAGUUUUGGGGUUAGUUCACAUACUACCCCACCAGAAAAGAUUAGGAUACUAUGUGAGACUAAUCCUAGAGUUGAGGGCCUGAGCUGUCAUGGAUUGCCUUCCAAGCAGCACAGGCUUGAUGUUGGUGGUUCCGGUUCCUUUGGAACUGUACCAUUUAAACCCCAGGAUGCAGAUUAUGCUAUUCCUCCCCUCAUUGAUGAAGUGGAGGCUUUGAUCUUGGCCAGGGUGCCUAGAUCAAAGUACCAUAACUUUUGUUCUGUAAACAAGCGCUUCUUAGCUCUUUUGAAGAGUGGUGAGCUCUACAAGAUUAGGACUGAACUUGGGAUUAAAGAGCCCUCAGUUUUUGUGUCACACUAUGGGGAGGAUACAUGGUGGGAAUUUGAUAGGCAAUUCAGGUCUUGCAGGAAGCUCCCAAUCUUACCGUCUGAUACAUGCUUCACAACCGGCGAUAGGGAGUCUCUUUGUGUAGGGACCCAUCUGAUUGUGUCUGGGAAAGAGAUGGAGGGUGUUGUUGUUUGGAGGUAUGACAUGGAAGCAAACCAGUGGUCCAAGGGUCCUUGUAUGAUCAAUCCAAGAUGCAUGUUUGCCUCUGCCUCAUGUGGUUCCUAUGGGUAUGUAGCCGGUGGAGUUGGAAUUGCAAGUGGAUGGAAAGCCAUGAAUUCUGCUGAGAGAUACAAUCCAAACACUAAAUCUUGGGAACCCCUUCCAGAUAUGAAGAGAAAGAGGAGGAAUUGCUCUGGCUGUUACUUGGCUAACAAGUUUUUUGUGAUUGGAGGGAAAGACUGGGAUGGAAAUGAUCUUAAGUGUGCUGAAGCCUUUGAUGCGGAGAAGAACACAUGGGAUCUCAUCCCAGACAUACUGGAAGCUGAUUGGGCAAAUCUAAAUAACCCAUCACCACCUCUUAUUGCAGUACUGGCCAACCAGCUCUAUUCUCUUGAAACUUCCACAAAUGAGCUCAAGGUGUAUUUGAAGAAAAGCAAGUCAUGGAAGAAGUUGGGAGUUGUCCCAGUGAGAGCUGAUGCUACUUCUGGAUGGGGCAUCGCGUUUAAGUCCCUGGGAGAUGAGCUGCUUGUCAUCCAAUCUUCAUCAAAUGAGUUCGCCGGCCCUGCCCGCAUAUGCACUUGCUGCCCUGAUCCAAAUGCUGAGGAAUUGCAAUGGCAAGUUCUUGAACAUGGCCACACCCACCCUACCCGCUUCAUCGUUAAUUGCUCCGUGAUGGCUGCUUGAACAAGCGUUGAAGCUUAUAUUUUCCUUAAGUAGAAUCUAUCUUCCCGUUUGUUAUGGUGUAUUUAAGUAAGGCUUUGCCAUGAUGACCAGAACCUAGUGAGUGUGUGUGAGUUUCAUCUUAUUUUCCAGUGUCGUUGUAUUACUAUUAUUAUUAGGUGUGUGCCUCCCGAGUCUGAACCUUGUGAUAUAUAAUUUAACACUUGGGGUAAUCCAAUGGAGUUUUCUGAUUUUACCUUUCCUUGUAUC